GCGGGGCGAGAGCCGCUGGUCAGGUGGCUCCGGCUGCCUGCCUGGCUGACGUGGACGCCAAGAGGAACCCGCCCUAUAUGAGGCGCGGGCGGGCGCGCCGAGUGCGGCGGAGCGAGGAGCCAAGCGCCUGCGAGGGUGGAGGAGGUCGGACGGGGCGGGCGGCGACGAGCCGGCUGCUCUGCUGCGCGUCCCCUCGACGUUUCCCCUCCUCCUCCUCUCCGCUUGCUCCCUCUUGGCACGCCCCGAAGAGGAAAACCCGCCCGCGAGAGAGAGCGUCCUGAGGGCGAUGGCUGCCGAAAUGGACCCCAACAGCGAGCAAGGUCUGCUGAAAAAUGAAGUAAUUCCUGAAGUUGGAGAAGAUGCUGCUGCUUCAGUUAAUGUUGCAGAGGCUUUGUCAGAAGAAGAACAGGAAGAACUUAGAAGAGAGCUUGCUAAGGUGGAAGAAGAAAUCCAGACUUUGUCACAGGUACUAGCUGCUAAAGAGAAGCAUCUAGCAGAAAUAAAGAGAAAACUGGGGAUCAGUUCACUGCAGGAGCUGAGGCAGAACCUUUCCAAAGGGUGGCAAGAUGUCACAGCAACAAAUGCGUAUAAGAAGACAUCAGAAACACUGUCUCAAGCUGGGCAGAAAGCUUCUGCUGCAUUCUCAACAGUUGGCUCUGCAAUAACAAAGAAGUUGGAAGAUGUGAAAGUGCACGCAUUUACACAUUCCUUUAGUAUACGUUGUCUACAACAUUCAAUUAGCAUGCCUGCUAUGAGAAAUUCCCCAACAUUCAAGUCCUUUGAAGAAAAAGUGGAAAACUUAAAGUAUAAGGUUGGGGGAACCAAGCCUGCUGGGGGUGACUUUGGAGAGGUCUUGAACUCUGCUGCCAAUGCCAGUGCCACAGAAGCUACUACAAAGCAGACAGAAGAGGAGACUCAAUGAUUGUCCUGCCUUCCUUGUGCUAUCCACUGCCAGAUGCUGCAAGCAAAUGCUGAAGCACAACACCUCUGCUGUAGACUCUUCCAGGAUGUCCUUCUGUUUAGCACUUAGCUUUAUAGCUGUUCAAUGUAAAUCGUUUCUAUAGGUUCAGAGUAUUUUUGAAACCGUAAAAUACACUCUUGCCUAUGUUAUCUGUGGGAUGGGGAAUUUUUAUGCAUUUUGAGUAUUUAAAAAGAUUUAUUUCUGGUCCAAAGAAAUCAUUAAGGUUUUACAAAAGGUUUAGAAAUGGGAGAUUCAACACUGUAUAUGAUGGAUGCUGGGACGAAUAGCAGUUGCUUCAUGCCAUGUCUCUUCAUACUUAAUUCACUGCCAAAACCUUUGAAAACUUCAUUGUUGUUUUAAGUGUGUACCUUUAAUUGGUUCUGUUGCGAGAGGUUCCACAGGCAGAAUAAGUUUGCUUUGAUAUUGCAAUGUUAAGUUAUCAGUGUAUGUGUUGUGGUCUUGGUAAGUGGACACUGAAAGUAGGGUGAUUCCAACAAACAUUCACUAUUUUUAUGGUUUCCCUAAAAAAAUAAAAAUCCUGAUAGUAAACUUCUCUGAACUGUUCCAGCUAGCAGAGAUGAUGUUUUCUCCUGGGUAUUAGAAGUUGACUUCCAAAAUGUAAAAUGAGGCAGGCUGUUAACAUUAAUUAUAUAGGCUGAAAGCCUGCUGCAAAGGGAGUGGUUUAGAGGCACCAUACUUAUAAAAAUAAAAUGGUUGCUCCCUUCCGCUUGCUAGCUGAUGAAGAGGAAUAUUCGACUAAAAGUCCAUGUUAUUUCUGCUGCUUAUAACACUCCCCCCCUCUCAGUCAAUCAAUAAAAUAAGUGUAUGGUACCAACAUGCAGAGUCGGCUAUGCAUUGAAUUGGCUCUGAAUUGGCUGCAGUGGAAGAUUGGAAUAAGAUAAAGUGGGCAAUCUCACAGCCUGGAAAUACAAAAAUGAGCACGGUCAACUCUUUCUAUGCUUAAAAAUGUUCUCUUAACUAAAACCUGUUGCUGAUCUUGUAAAAAGACUUGGCCUCCUAGAAGCUAAAUGCACUCCCACCUUGUAUGUAUACUAUGUGCCUGCAUUAGACAGAUUUCUGGCACACUGUAAGGUUAUAUUUAGGAGAAGUGUUUUGCCACAUUAAUCACAAAGCUUGAAAUGAACUAGAACACAUUCUUAAAAGGUGCAUUGCAACUUAGGCUUCAUCUUUAUAGCUGCACCAGAGCUGCCACAAAUAAUGCCUAUUAAGCAAUUUUGCUGUAUUUGACAGCGUUCUGUAGCAUUUCAGAUUUAGCCUCAAUACUUGAUUACUUGUUAAAAUAAAAGCAUUGUCUUCUCAAAUGUGAGAUGCUACUUUGA